AUGAGUCUACACAACUAAAGUAAGGUUUGUAGAGCUGUUGAGUUGUACUGUCUGGUUAACGAUGAUGUCAAUGAUUAAUGAUGGCAAUGGAAUAACUUAUUUCACUUUCAGGCUUGGGACUAAUCUUCUGCCACCAAUCUGCCUAAAUCGUUUUAGAAUUGAUAACGGUUUCAGUCCCCAGGAUAAGAUCUUCCUCUUCUGCCAACGGGCUAAGGAUCAAGUGUGGUUUUUUCCCCCUGGGUCAAGCUAAGCUAAUCUAUCUCCCUACAAACACUCCUUGCACAGACAGACAGACUGCAUCAGGCCAACUCUCAACCAUUUACCCAUGAAUCAGUCAAGGUCUGAACCUUUUAGACUUGUCUGUAAAGGAGAAACAGAGAGAGGAAAGGCGGGUGGGGGCAAUCCCAAGCAUCAAGAGCUUUUCAGCCAUAUGUGUGUAAAAAUUCUCUUUCCAUAUCACGUGACACAAGGAAGAGGCUCAAACCCAUUACACAAUCAUAAAAAUAUGCCUUUGGCAAAGUUGAGCCAAAACCUGAAGCUGCUGCAGGAAGCUGGGAACAGCAGCGAAAGGAAUAAACUUUUUAAAACGCCGUUUGAAGACUUGAAUUUUCAAGCUACCCUCAGAAAGGAAGUUGUCUGCAGAAAUAACUGGGAUUCAUGCUAAACUGUGUGACAACGAUUUGCAAUGAAACAUCUGCUUAAGAUUCAGUAGAUUUUCCAGUGCAGGGUCAAGAAAGAAAGAGAUUAGUCCUGGCACCUCCUGAUUUCAAUGGGAGUUAGACACCAACCGUUGAGGCUUGGCUUCUCUGCUGUCAAUAAUCUGCAAUGGUAAAGGUUUCACCAUGAUCUCUGUGGUUCUGCUCAUCUGGACCGUGCCUUGUGUAGCUAAUCAGCUUCUCAGUGGCUUUGUUAAAGGAGAAUUUCAGAAAGGUUCCCACCAGCUCAUAUGCAGCAUGCCAGGGCCACAGGGCCCUCCUGGUCCCCCUGGAGCACCAGGGUCUCCAGGAACAAUUGGGCGAAUGGGGUUUCCAGGAAAGGAUGGAAAAGAUGGUGAGGACGGGGAGAAAGGAGAGCAUGGAGAGGAAGGUCCCCAAGGCAGAACCGGAAACCCAGGCAAACCAGGACCAAAGGGGAAAGCAGGCGCCAUAGGCAAAGCAGGACCACGAGGUCCAAAGGGCAUUAAGGGGAAUCAUGGGAAUAAUGGAGUGCAAGGAAAGAAAGGACCCAAAGGGAAAAAGGGUGACACUGGGAUGCCAGGACCAUGCAGCUGUGACACCAAAAAGGCCAAAUCUGCCUUUUCCGUCGCAGUCACCAAAAGCUACCCGAGAGAAAGGCUGCCCAUCAAAUUUGACAAGAUCCUUAUGAAUGAAGGAGAGCACUACAAUGCUUCCAGUGGGAAAUUUAUAUGCAGCAUUCCUGGUAUUUACUACUUCACUUACGACAUCACUUUGGCCAAUAAACACUUGGCCAUUGGGUUGGUCCACAAUGGGCAAUACCGAAUAAAGACUUUUGAUGCCAAUACUGGUAACCAUGAUGUGGCCUCUGGAUCAACCAUUAUUGCCCUGAAGCAGGACGAUGAGGUGUGGUUGCAGAUCUUCUACUCGGAACAAAACGGGCUCUUUUAUGAUCCCUACUGGACAGACAGUUUAUUUACCGGCUUUCUUAUAUAUGCUGACCAGGAUUAUCUCAAUGAAAUAUAAGAAGAGACUGUCAAAAAAUAGGAAGCGAGUUUGGGAGCUUAUACAAGCAAAGUACAGCUUUAAGUGCGUAUGUGUGGGAUAAUCAUAGGACUCUGCAUUCUUAGAGCUGUAACGCUGCAUUGGCUAGUUGGAAGUCUCCCAUACCAUUAAAGCAUUGUAUUUGAAUGUCAUUUAAGUUUUAGCAGAAGCUCUUUAGUUGCUGUGCUUUCCUAGAACCUUUACCUAGCUAUAAAGGGAAGAUACUCAGCAUACAGUUUACUUGGAGGUGGGGAGCAAUUAUCACUUGGUUGAUAUCAGGUGUUUCCCACCAGGAUUGUCCUUUUAUUGGGUUUGUACAGCCCAUAGCAUAAUGGGCUCCGAGGUGCUACAGUAAUACAAAUAGACGUAGGAUCAGUCGGACCACUUUAAAGUGCCCUUAAUGAUUGUUUUUUACAGUCCUUGAAGUUGUCUGUUAUAUUUUCCUUUACCAAGCAGAUACGCUGUGGUCAGAUCACUAUAACUUUAACACCAAUGCAGAAUCUAUAUCUUUAUUUUUUUUAAAUUACAAAAAAUGAGCCAAAACAUCCAUUUUCUGCAGCCUCAUAUCGGAAGCACUGUUAUAGACAAUAUCUAUCCCCCUGCAGAAAGGAUCUUCAUUAAUGCAAAGUCAAAGUUCAGUAACCACUAAAGAGUCAGGCAGUUCUCUGUUAAGAUUCUAACAGCAGCUUCGUAAGUGCAUUAUCAAUGGGCAAAGCGGUCUGGCCAAAAUAGCACUGGUACAAAGACCUCAUCUUAGCCCCUUCAUAGUCAAUGGUACAGCUUCCUGUAAGAUGCUGGCUGCUCUCCACUCCCAUUCAAUGGGAAUUAAUGGCACUCAGUACCUUUCAGAAUGCAUCCAAUAUUCACAAAAUCAGAUUUUAAGAGAGACCUGAACUGGAAUCCUGGAUCUGAUUCCACACAAGUUUUGGUAAAGUUGGUAUCUGGAUCUGGACCCAAGUGUCACAUCUCAGGACUGCAUGGGCCAAAUGGCCCAGUGAGAUUCUGAUCCAAAUCUGGCAUGUGGGCUCAUGCCUCAAGCUGAGGACAAACUUUUAUUCCAUGAACUUCUCUCCCUAGCUUUUGCUGUGCAGGAUCUGUGUGCUGCUGCUAAGGCUCUUUUCUAGGGCUUUAAUGCAUACACACAUAUCCAAUUCCUAAGCAUGGUGACCCACUGCUACAAGAUAUUUGUUUUCAGCGUACUAUGGUAAAACAUUACUGAUGUUCUGGAAUCAGCCACAUUCAGCUUUGUAUUGGUGAUACAAAGGUCAAGAGUUAUAACAUUUUUUAGCAUUCUUCCUUUAUCUAAGCCUAUCAGCUGGUGAUAACAGAGGUAUGGUUCUCUAACGUUAGAAGGACUGUAGCAGAGUCCAAAGCAAUCCUGCUAUAAAGCUGCUGCAAUCUGGCUCUGAGCCCCAGAAAUGUCUAUUACAAACUCCCCUUUGUAAAACACUCCUAACAUAGAUAUCUAUCUUGACAGCCAAAUAAGAGAAACCCUUCACCUUUUUCCCAUUAAACGUUGGCCAAAUUCUUUUCUCAGAUAUGUACUCAUGUCUCCCCAGUCAUUUCUUUAGUCUCCUUUAUUCUAUCACUUUAGAUGAAAAUUCACAUGAAGUUCCAGUUCUUUUAAUUUACAUGCAUUGAAAGGAAAUCCCACAAGGCUGGAAACAUGUUUAUGUUACUUUUAGAAGUCGGAAUAUUUGCAUGACUAUUAACUACAGUAACUGUGCUGUCUCUUGCAAGACCAUUACAUUGCUUUUUAAAAACAUAAAACUGAAUUCAAACACUGCUGGAAUUAUCUUGGUUUUAUAAUAAAGUCUUCCAGUUAGAAAGUA